UACAAUUGUGCGCAUGCGCAGUGAACAUAGCAACAGUCGGGUUGGGGGGGGCGGCAGCGGAGAUGAGGCAAUCGUAAAUGCGCAUUCUGGGGAGCGGAGAAGAUAAAUCACCCGGGGGAGACUGACAGGAAACAUGGGGAGUGUGUUCCUGCCGGCGGACGCGGCCCACUCGGUGCUGCGGCGGCUGCCCAGGGCCAACUACCUCCUGGAAGAGAUGAAACAGGGCAACAUUCAACGGGAGUGCCGCGAGGAGAUCUGCACCUACGAGGAGGCCCGCGAGGCUUUUGAAAACGACGAGAAAACGAGGCGCUUCUGGGAGGAGUACGUGCGCGAGAGCAGCCCUUCUGGAGGUCUGGAGUCAGUGGUGGGCGGCGUGCAUUCCCUCUAUCUGAUCGUGCCGCUGCUGACGGUGGUGUUCAUCGUGGUGGCCGUGGCCGUCGUCGUGUUUUGCUGUCACUCCCGCAAGCGCACCCAGCCCAGCCCCAGCCUGGUCCACUCUCACCACGACCACGUCCUGUCAGUGGUCUCCACGGACCACUGGGGGCGGGAUUAUCACCACGGCGACCAGUCGGAACUCAGCGUCCACAGCAGCCCCUUGGGUUACCCGGGCUCGGAGGCGGCGUCCAUUCGAGGGAGCGCCGCCGACCGUCCGCCGUCGUACGAGGAGGCGGUGGGCCACGCCGACAUCCGCGUGGAGACGGAGCCCCCGCCGCAGUAUGAGGACAUAGUCAACACCAGCGGAAACCGCAGGAAGUAAACGCACCGUUGUCUCAUCGCCAUGCAAAGUCCGCCAGCACUCGACAUUUGCACUAACCUCUGGGAAGGACCGCCAAGCAAGGGAAUGCAGCAAAUCCGUGCUGUCAUGCAAGUCCAACCGAUCACCUGGACAAAGUAGGAAAAAAGUUUUUGGAAUUGUCACUCAGAAGGAUUUUUCUCAAUGCUAAUAGACUCAUCCGUGCUUUACUUUUACUUUGCCAAAUAUUUCACACUACUACUUUACUGGCACGGUUAAGAGAGAGCAAAACGGGCGGCUUCAUCGACUCAAUGAAGCUGCGCUCAUCAGGAAAGCAGCAGCUUGAGCUCAUUUGUACAUGCAGCAUCACAAUUCCACAUGUGGGUGUUGAUGGAAAGCCAUUUGAGCAUUUAUUUGGAAUCAUAAUCUUUGGGCAGCAAAAAGAUCCAAUAAAGGCUCCCAUGGCUUCCCAUACAGUCCAUAAUUAUGUUUUGUGCAGUUUUUAAGGAAUCUGUUUGUCAUAUAGAACUUGCCUGUUGUGUUGUUGACCCACCUUGUUCCGCUUUUGACGAGUUGUUUUGAAGCUACACUCAACUGUGAAAAUCUUCCUUGUGCCCAAAGCUUCCCUCGUAGGUUGACGGCGCCUCCUUACAUGCCCAGAAAAUGAGGCUCUGGGGGAAGCAUCUCACGGAAGAUUGCGUAUUUAAUGCCACAAUGGACCAUGUCAAGCAUGUGUAAUGUAUAUGUGUAUGUAUAAAAAUAUAAAUACAGUGUAACCUCUGCUUAGGAAUGACUAUACUUGAGAACAUUCCAAGAUACAAAUUGGCGCCUCAAAUUUUUCUUGCCUCUUCUUUUGGACCAAAUUCGACUUUCGUAUCAGGUGACGUGACGUGUGUGCGUUUUAUUUACCCAUUUUCUUAUUGUCGAGAGUCCAUGGGUAGGCAACUCCGGUCCUCGAGGGCGGUGUCCUGCAUGUUUUCUAUUCCUUCCUGUUGCAACACAUCUGAUUCAAAAGGACCAUUAAUUUUACAACACAAUCACAGAGCGAAUUAAGUUCCUAAGUAGAGGUUUCACUUACUGUAUAUACGGACUGUGUGAAAGUCAAAUUACAGUAAGGUUGCUUUGUAUUAAUACUAAUGUAGCUGAGAACUAAAUGAAGGCACUUGUAUCAAAGCUCACAAUGAGCUCUUCAGAACGUUUUUGGACUUUGUCAAUUCGAAGGUCAACGUUAUGUUCUUUUUUUAUUUUCGCCUGUUGUGAUCACACAAUGGUCCAUUGAGAGGAAUUUGCCUUAAGGCUAAAAUGUCUGCGUGAAUGCAAGGAAAGAGUUUCAAUCAUGGGUGUCAAAUUCAAGAUUCAUUCGUUUUAUGUAGCCAAUUAAAAAAAUAGUGUUAUUUUCAUGCUAACUGGAAUUGUUUUUUUUGAUUGAUAAAGUAAAAAAAAUGGCUAUUCAAGGAAUUAAUUUUGCCAAAUCUCUUCUUUUAAUUUAACAGUCCACUAAAAUUUUUGCUCGACUUAUUUCAAAAUCAAUUUUGUUUUUUAUAAAUAAAAAUAAUAAAUGCAGAUGUAAAUAUGAAUUUGAAAUAAAAUUGUGGUAAUUAUGUUUAUAUGUUUUUCAGUCAAACCAUAACUUUGAGGAAACUGAGUUUGACACCUCUGACUGAACAAUAGUUGUUAGACCCAGGCACACUUAUGCAAUUUUGUCACAUACAUGAAAUGCAAUUUAUUCUAAUAUAUUUACACACUGAGCACUGAUUACUUUUAUUUUCUUAAAAGUGAAUUGACCUAUGAAACUCAGCACUCACAACUUUAUAUAACCUUGAAGUGAGUUGUGUUUAUUAAACUCACACAGGUUACACAAUGCCUUAGCUAAAAUGAGGAAAUACAAAAUGUAAGGGAACCUGUAAGAAGUCUUUAUUAUCAUGUACAAAUGUGUGAAAUGGUUUGUAAUAAAAAAAGUCAACUUCAAACUAA